ACAGGCAACUAACCAAACCCUAAUCGAAGUUUAGCCCACGGCGCACGUUUUGAUUCACCCUCACCCGCUUCGCUUCGUCUCUACCUCGCCUUGCCUGCUCCACCUUAUUUCUGCUUCUCCGACGUCGGCUUUGCCUUGCUCGUUUUCUGCCAUUGUCAUAUUCGUCUUCCUCGACCUCUUCUUCCACCUUCUACGUCUUCCUCGACCUCUUCUUCCACCUUCUACGUCUUCCCGCCCUCAUCUCCGUUAAUCCUAACACACCAUACAUUCCGAAACAAAUAUUGGAAGGAAAAGCUGAAAAAUGGCUGAAAAUGGUAUAGUUUCUCCCAAUCAAUCGUGGAAUUGAAUUGCUACCACCCACGGACUCACCAGAUUUAAUUUCGGAAGAGAGCUUCUCACUCAAUUUCCAAGAAGUUUCUUUCCAAUUUCGCGCUUGCCCGCCUUCCUGCUCCAUGCUUCUCAAAACUUUUCUGCUGUUGGGUCAGAACACUGCCGCAAGACGCCCACAAGCCUCUAGGCCUUUCCUCCUCACUCACUUCUCAUCCCUUGCUGGUGGUACUUCUGUGAAAUUCCCAGAAAUGAAAUGUGACAAUGAGAAUGCUGUUACUCGUGUACUUUUUUGUGGGCCACAUUUCUCUGCAUCUCAUGACUAUACGAGAGAGUAUUUGAAAAAUCAUCCAUUUGUGAAGGUUGAUGUUUUUCCCUUGGAUGAUGUUCCAAAAGUUAUUGGAAAUUAUGAUAUUUGUGUUGUCAAAAUGAUGCGUCUAGAUUCAGACAUCAUUGCGGCAGCAAAUAAAAUGAAGCUUAUCAUGCAAUUUGGAGUUGGGCUGGAAGGUGUCGAUAUUAAUGCUGCUACAAGACAUGGAAUUAAAGUUGCCAGGAUCCCUAGUGAUGGCACUGGAAAUGCAAUUUCAUGUGCUGAAAUGGCUAUCUAUCUGAUACUGGGUCUCCUUCGUAAGCAAUAUGAAAUGCAAGCAUCUGUGAGGCAGAAAAGGCUUGGGGAUCCAAUUGGUGAUACAUUGUUGGGAAAAACGGUUUUUAUCUUGGGAUUUGGUAAUAUUGGCAUCCACUUGGCAAAGCGAUUGCGGCCUUUUGGUGUGAAAAUACUGGCUACCAAGAGAAGCUGGUCUUCAGUUUCCCAGAGUUCACACAACUCUGCUGAGUCAAAAUCUGGAAAUGAUGCCCCCAUUGACAUUGUGGACGAGAAAGGCAGUCAUCAAGAUAUUCUAGAGUUUGCAAGCCGUGCAGAUAUAGUUGUGUGCUGUUUAGCAUUGAACAACGAAACGGCUGGCAUUGUGGACAAGGCUUUCAUUUCUUCUAUGAGAAAGGGCGCCCUCCUCAUUAACAUAGCUCGAGGCGGUCUAUUGGAUUAUGGGGGUGUGCUUCACCACCUUGAAUCAGGUCACCUAGGAGGAUUGGGGCUGGAUGUUGCCUGGACUGAGCCAUUUGAUCCAGAUGAUGCAAUUUUGAAGUUCCCAAAUGUCAUAAUGACUCCUCAUGUUGCUGGAGUCACAGAGUAUUCAUACAGGCUCAUGGCUAAGGUUGUGGGAGAUGUUGCCCUCCAAAUGCAUGCAGGAAGCGCCGUAUUGAGUGGGGUGGAGAUUGUUAAUUGAUUGAUUCAUGAAUGAAUGAAUGACCAUAUUAUUUGCUUAUUCAUCGUGAUUUGGCGGGUGUUGUGUUUCUCAUAAUACAACAAUAAUAAUAAUAAUCAAUGAGGAACACCACGACGACUUUGAUAAGUCGGCAUGGUGUUAAGGAGUAGCAGGACUCCUAUUGUUUUGUUGUUUUAAGAAGUAACCCACAAUAUUAUGGGUAUAGUAGAAAGAAAUAGUAUUUGUGUA